GGUGGAUUUAUCGUGCUGGAUGGAGAGACCUUUGAGCUCAAGGGGAACUGGGAAAACACCUGUGAAGUGCCCCCGACAGGGUACGACUUCUGGUACCAGCCACGCCACAACGUUCUGGUCAGCUCUGCUGGGGUUGUCCCAAAAAUUGCGGGACGCGGGUUUAACCCCAACGACCUGAAGAAAGGGAUCUACGGGCGCCGCCUGAACUUCUGGAACUUGUCCUGCCGCACCCUCAGCCAGUGCUUUGACCUGGGGGAGGACUCUCUGCCCCUGAACGUCCGAUUCCUGCACAACCCCGACGCUGCCGAGGGAUACGUCAGCUGCGCCCUGAGCGGUGUCACCUACCGCUUCUGCAAGUGCGAGAGAGGCUGCUGGGAAGUAGAGGAGGUGAUUCGCAUUCCGUCCAUAAACGUGAGAGGAUGGAUCAUGCCCAGGAUGCCAGCCUUCACCUCCGACAUCAUCAUCUCCAUGGACGACAGGUUCCUGUACCUCUGCAACUGGUGGCACGGAGACAUCCGCCAGUACGAGCUCUCCAGGUCCUGCAAGCCCAGGCUGGUGGGACAGGUCUUCGUGGGAGGCCUCCUCACCAGGUGCGGGCCCGUGACCGUGUGCCAGGAUGAGGAGAUGAGGUGCCAGCCCGAGCCCUUGGUGAUCAAGUGCAAGAGGGUGUACGGCGGCCCCAGCAAGAUGCAGCUCAGCCUGGAUGGCAAGAGGCUCUACGUCACCAACUCCUUCUACAGCACCUGGGACAAGCAGUUCUACCCGUGCAUGGUCAGGGAAGGCUCCGUCAUGCUCCAGAUCGAUGUGGACACUGAGAAGGGCGGCCUCACCGUCAACAAGAACUUCCUGGUGGAUUUUGGAAAGGAGCCCUGCGGGCCUUGCCUUGCCCAUAACAUCCGCUUCUCUUGUGGCGAUUCCACCUCCGACAUCCCGGCCUAGGCGCCGCCUGGGAGCUUCCUCUCUUCUCCCUUCCGUA